AGGGGUUGGGGAUGCGGGAGGAGCGCGCAGCGGAGCGGGUAUAUAGCGAGGGGCAUCUCGCCGCAACUCCGCCAGCACCACCACCACCACCACCACCGUCUUGCUCUGCUUCAUUGCAACGACGGAGGUUGGCUAAACGGGGAAGACGCUUGACGGAAGGAGCCCGGCAAAGUGUGUGGGGGGUGUGAGUUGCGCAGAAGUCACUCGCCAGUCGCAGCCCCUUUGUCUCGUUAAAACAAAACAAGAGAACUGCCUCGCUCCGAAGACGCGUCCGACGGCUCCUGCCUACUGCGUUGACGGCCACGGACAUGCCGCUGGGUGGCUGAUUGAGGACUGCCUCGCCGACAAGUGUGUGUGCAGCCAGCUUGGCGGUCGCUCGCAGCAGCUGACAAGCACCACCCCCCCCCCCGCCCGCAACCCGGGUGACCGCGUGCACGAGCAGCGGGCCGUGCGGCUGGCGCAAGAGACGAUGGCCGCGUGGAAGUGCAGCCCGCGCGUGAUGCUGCUCACGAGCCUGUCGCUGGUGCUCACGCUCACCACCGUCUACAUAAAGCACACGCGCACUGAGCCGCCGCUCAGCACCAGGCUGCCCACCGCCCUCGUCACGCACAGGGUGAAGCUGGUGCCCGCGCACAGCGGGGAGGCACUGCCGUCGCGGCGCGGGGGUCUGGGCGCCGGCGUGAAGACGUGCGCGUGCGACAGCUGCGUCGCCGACUCGGGCCUCUCCGAGUGGUUCGACCAGCGCUUCAACCGAGACAUCGUGCCGCUGUGGACGCGCGAGAACGCCGACCUUCCGGACACCGUGCACCACUGGUGGGGGGCUGCACCAGGCAACCGAACCGGGAAACCCCAGGAUUGCAAGUCGGUGCGCUCACCGUUACACCACGGCAACGUCCCCUCAGGCCUGUCGCUACAGUCGCAAUACAAGGCGCAGGACCUGAGGACGGUGCUGAACCAUCUGUUUGAGAUCAUCCCUGGCCAGAACCCGUACCAGGACCACGGAUGGGCGCGCUGCCGCCGCUGCGCUGUCGUGGGCAACUCGGGGAACCUGCUCGGGGCCGGCGGCGGCAAGGAGAUCGACCAGCACGACUUUGUCAUGAGGAUUAACCAAGCGCCAACCCUGGGCUUUGAAACUGAUGUUGGGGCACGCACGACGCAUCACUUCAUGUACCCGGAGAGCGCCAAGAACCUGCCGGCCAAUGUCAGCUUCGUGCUUGUGCCCUUCAAGGUGCUGGACCUCAUGUGGAUCGCCAGCGCCCUGUCCACCGGUGAAAUACGAUUUACGUACGCUCCGGUGAAACGGUUUCUCAGCGUAGACAAGGACAAGGUGCUCAUCUACAAUCCCGCCUUCUUCAAAUACAUCCACGACAGCUGGACGGAGCACCAUGGCCGCUACCCCUCCACCGGCAUGGUGGCGCUUUUCUUCGCGCUGCACGUCUGCGACGAGGUGGACGUGUACGGAUUCGGUGCCGACAGCCGGGGCAACUGGCACCACUACUGGGAAAACAACCGCUACUCGGGCGAGUUCCGCAAGACGGGGGUGCACGACGCCGACCACGAGGAGAAGAUCAUCAAGCAGCUGACCGAGGCCGGCAAGAUCAGUGUACACAGGGGCAGAUGAUGCCCCCCCCCCCCACCCCCACCCAAAACCUCCCCUCCACGCACCACCCUCCAAGCAUCUUGCUCUCCGCCAGACUGCAGAGUACCCAUGCGCAUCGUCCUGCGGCGGGGAGGAAUCGCGCCCCACGGGGGAGAGGACGGCUGAGCAGCAGGCAGGUGUCUUGCCUUGGUUUGCUUGCGGCCGCCUCGAGUGUCCUCCACAGACAUUUUUUUCAAUUCGCCCGUUGGAAAAAAAUUUCCGGCGUCGCAAUUUGCGCCAACUCUCAACCGCUUCCCGAGUUCCUUGAACAUGAAUGCGAAUGCACACAUUUUGAAUUCUUCUAUCGUGUUAUCACAGGAUCCGCUGUGUUUAUAAUUCGGUCUUGCGAAGGAAGUUUUGAAGCUUGUAAAUAAGCCGGGCUCGGCGUGUUCAGAAGGCCGGCCCUACUGGGCCCUCCCGCCUGCCGCCGUGUGAACGGAUCUCUGCUUCUGUCGAAGGCUUUGUUUUGACCAUGACUUCUCGUCCCGUCGGGAGAUCAAUAUUUCCUGGAACGCCCCUUGCUCUGUCCAAGACCUGGCAUUGUUAGAAGCUCAUAACAGGCUAUAAUGUUGGAUUAUGGUGAUACUUAUUACUAUUUAAAUUUAAUAAUUUUUAAACAUUUGCUAGUGGAGAAUUUGUGGGCGCCGAUAAUUUGUGCACUCGUGGUCUUCCAUUAGCAUUACAUUUCAAUGUAGAUGUUUUUUUGGUUUAGUUUUUAUCAGUGUUUUCUUACCUUUUUUGCACAUUAAAUUCUGUGAAUGAU